GGUGGGCCGGCGGCCGGCGCGCAGGCGGCGGGGGGCGGGCAGGGGCGGUUCUGCGGGCCCCGGCUGGGCUCGGCUCGGCGCGGCUCGGCUCGGCGCGGAGGAGCGGAGCGAGCGCGGCCGCGAUGGGCGCCUCGGCGGCGGCGGCGCGGCGGCGGCGCGGGGCGCGGCGGCGGGGUCAAAUGGGCGCGCUGGCCGCACUGGCCCUGCUCCUGGCCGGCUGCGCGGCCGGUCGCGGCGGUUAUGAUGCCCUGAGCUAUUCUGUGGAAAGUAAUGACAAAUGGAGCGGGAGGCAGCUACUGCAAGCGAAUGAGAACACGACUGAUGUCCCAGAGGAGGGAGGGCAGCUGUAUGUCAGAAAUUGCACUGAACCAGCUCUCCAUGAAUUCCCCAAUGACAUCUUCACAAACGAGGACAGGAGACACGGAGCUGUGGUCCUGCACGUCCUUUGUGCCGUGUAUAUGUUUUAUGCUUUGGCAAUUGUCUGCGAUGAUUUCUUUGUCCCUUCAUUGGAAAAGAUUUGCGAACGCUUACAUCUUAGCGAAGAUGUGGCUGGGGCAACUUUCAUGGCUGCGGGCAGCUCUGCUCCUGAGUUGUUUACAUCUGUCAUAGGUGUGUUUAUCACAAAAGGAGACGUAGGCGUUGGAACCAUCGUAGGCUCGGCUGUGUUCAACAUUCUCUGUAUUAUUGGCGUGUGUGGGCUUUUUGCAGGACAGGUCGUUGCGCUGUCGUCGUGGAGUCUCUUGAGAGAUUCAAUCUACUAUACACUGUCUGUUGUUGCACUCAUUGUGUUUAUUUAUGAUGAAAAGGUUUCCUGGUGGGAGUCGUUAGUCUUGGUGCUGAUGUACGUCAUCUACAUCGUUAUCAUGAAGUACAACUCAACCAUACAUCACUGCUUCGAAAGGAAGACAAAAAACUCGGCAAAUAUGGUGAAUGGUUUAGCAAAUAACACAGAAAUGGAUGAUAACAGCAACUGUGAUGCCACAGUGGUAUUACUAAAGAAAGGUAACUGUUCCAGAAACUUCCACCGUAAAGCGUCAGUGAUCAUGGUGGAUGAGCUGCUGUCUGCCUACCCACACCAGUUUUCGUUCUCUGAAGCUGGGCUCCGGAUCAUGAUAACCAGCCACUUCCCUCCCAAAACACGUCUCUCCAUGGCCAGCCGCAUGUUGAUCAAUGAGAGACAAAGGCUGAUCAACAGCAGGACUUACACCAAUGGUGAGUCAGAGGUAGCAAUCAAAAUACCUAUCAAGCACGUGGUCGAGAAUGGAACAGGUCCCAGCAACUCUGCUGAGCGGGGCGUGAAUGGCACACGGCGGGAUGAAGACAUGGCUGAGGCUGGGAAUGAGACUGAGAACGAGAAUGAGGAUAACGACAACAAUGAAAACGAUGAGGAAGAGGAAGAAGAUGACGAUGAUGAUGACCAUGAAGGGCCAUACACACCUUUUGACCUACCCACUGGCAGGAUAGAAAUUUUGAAGUGGCUCUUCACAUGGCCAUUGAGUUUUGUCCUGUACUUCACAGUGCCCAACUGCAACAAACCCCACUUGGAAAAAUGGUUCAUGGUUACCUUUGCGUCUUCUACACUCUGGAUUGCAGCUUUCUCAUACAUGAUGGUGUGGAUGGUGACAAUCAUUGGCUACACACUGGGAAUUCCAGAUGUGAUCAUGGGCAUCACUUUCUUGGCAGCUGGAACCAGUGUGCCAGACUGCAUGGCAAGCCUUAUCGUAGCAAGGCAAGGUAUGGGGGAUAUGGCUGUGUCCAACUCCAUUGGAAGCAAUGUGUUUGAUAUUUUAAUUGGCCUAGGCCUCCCAUGGGCUUUGCAGACCCUAGCAGUGAAUUAUGGAUCUUAUAUUCGGUUAAACAGCAGAGGACUUAUCUAUUCUGUCGGUCUCCUGCUGGCAUCUGUUUUUGUCACAGUUUUUGGCGUCCACAUGAACAAAUGGAAACUGGAUAAGAAGCUAGGGUGUGUGUGCCUUUCCCUUUAUGGCAUCUUCCUGUGUUUCUCCAUCAUGACAGAAUUCAAUGUUUUCACUUUUGUGAACUUGCCCAUGUGCAGAGAUCACUAAUGUAGGUGGCAGACUGUCGGGAGGAACUUCCUUCUUACCUGUGCAAUACAAACCACGGCUGGCAUCUCCUGAACACGGUGCACCUCCAAGUCGUGACGUAUAUCCUGCUCACUGUUCAUAGGACCUGUGGCCCCAUCUAGGUCUGCCCUCUCCCUGACUCCCCGCAACCUGGACAAAUCCUGCAUCGAUGUGAAGAUUAUUUUUUUCAACAUUCAUGUAAUUUCCUAGCUCAGUUUUUGAACAGUGUGACUGGGAUGAACUGGCUGCUAACUGGCGUCAAGCCAGGCAAAACUGGUCUGCUACAAUUCUUUCUUCUUUUUAAGUUAUUUGAUGGAAGACUAAUCUAAUUUAUGACUUAAGACUAUUGCUAUAAUGCAGAAGAGGUACAUCCUACAGGGGCUGAUUUUCAAGGAGAAUUGUGGGAUUGAUUUUUUUUUUUUUUUUGGUCUGUUUUAUUCCUUUUGUUUUUUAGCUGUGUUCUGGGGUUGGGGGUGGGGGGAGGUGUGUUUGGUUUUACUUUUUAAUUGCCAGAGAUCAACGUCUUCUCUUGCAUCUUGUCCUUCUGUGUGCUGGGUCUCCUGUAACAAUCCAAAGGUCACAGGGCAGUGUAAUAUGAGAAUACAAUUCAAGGUACUCAGCAUAUGAAUGGAUUUACUGCAUUUUAAAAGAAGAUUGUCAAGGCAACAGACAAUGACUUUUGACCAUAAAUAAUGAGUCUUGUACAGGUGUGAUGAGGAAUGCAAAGUAAACAUGGAUUCAGAGGGUAAUAACUGCUAUCAUUUUGUUACUAACAUUGGAGUUUUAUUACUAGGGUGUUCAUGGUAUUUCCAAGCAAUAGUUUGAUUGCCAGCCCUGGAGGGCUACCAAUGAAGUGUCCUGGUUUUUAAUGGUCUGCACAUGGAAAUGGAAGGUCAGAACUUUCUCUGCUUCAUCAGAUUUCUUGUUUUGGGGGGAUUCAAUAGUUCAUGUCUUACUCGUUCUGAGAAGGACAUAAGUACAUGUCGGAACUUUUCUAAAUGAGUUACAGACACUGGUUUCUUUAAAAGGAAAGAGGCAUAUUUUGCACAGAUAUAGUUACUGAAGUCAUAAUUUGCCAUUCUUUAAAGAAUACACUGGACCUGGCCAGAUAUUUGUCGUCUUAAGCAGUUGAACUUACCCGAUAACAGAUCAAGUGGAUUCAUCGCCCCUCCUUUGGGAGGGAGGAAGACACAGAGAGACAUGGCACUUUUUAAAAUGUGGAAUAUCUUCAAUGCAGACUUGCUCACAGAUCUUAAGCUAUUGUGAAAGUUUAGCUGUUCAUUGUUCCAAUAUCCCUGCUAGAUUUUGUAUAAUUCUGUAUUAAUAUGCAGGCAGAUUCCACCCCAUGAGAAACACCAUCACAACUUCAUUUGUAUGUAUUGAUACUGUGGAUUCUUGCCAGUGCUGGCUCUUGUAUUUACUUUAAGCACUGAUCACUUCUGAUUCAUUUGGUAUGUUUUUUCUUCUUGUAUAUGUUCUACUAUGAAAUGUAUUAAGAUACUACCAGCUAGGUGAAUGUUUUUGUCUAUGGUACAAACAACGGCAAAUAUUGGUAGUAAAGGUACAGCAAACCCUAUGUAAAAAAAAGGGAGGAAAAAAAAAUCCCUACCCAACAACUCACACCAAACCCUAACCUACAGCAGGGAAAAAACCUCUAACUAAAAAAAAAGCAAAGAGAACCCCAUUCACAGACAGAAAGCCAAGUUUUAUUUCAUUUGCACUUUUGGAAGUGACUUUUUCAGUUUGAUUUUGUUUGGGCAAAGUGCUGUAAAUGGAAAUAUUUACCCCCUGUGGUUUCCAUUCAGCUCAGCACCCGAUGUUCAUUCUUUGGCACACUAAGCGUGUGGAGGUUCUGGCCCUUGUUGCACUGCGCAUGUUCAGGAAGUGUCAUAGGAAAAGCUGUGUGCUGCUGGCUUUGGUGGACAAAGUGCGCUCAUGCUCCCUGGCAGGGAGCAGGACAGGUCCAGGGACAGGCAGUGGAGAGUCAGUGACAUGCCUGCAUCACCAUUUUUCUUUCUGGAAAACAGUUGUGUUGUUACUUGUUGAGCUAUGCAGCCUGUGGUUCGAGCAGCCUUGUCGUCACUAUGCCUGCUGAAAGUCCUCUCGCAUUAGGAAGCCCGCUGUACUUUUUCUGUUGUUGUUUUUUAUUGUUGCUGUUGGGAUUUUUUUGUUGUUGUCAAUGAGAUUAAUAAUAACCACUAAAAUACCUAAAAUACUUUCUUAAAUCAAACAAUGUUAGCAACGAUGUGGCACAUAUCCCUAAAGGCCACCCCCUCCACACACAGCUAUACUCUUGUAGCAAGAUGCAGUUGCUGCUAAGCAGACUGUUUCCUUGCUGACAGAGGGACAGAUUUGGGGAAGAAAAAAAAAGAAGUUUCACAUCAGGACCUAUUGUUACUUCUAUUUUGAAUAUUUAUACUGCUGCUCCAAUGGAGCCAGUUGGAUCUAUUUCUACGAAAUAGCCAUUACCUAUCCCGUGGCACAAAAACUGCAUGAGUAUUUUUUAGGAACUUUUCCUAUUGGUGUGCAUUAAAUACUGUAGUGUAUCGUAGCUUUGCAUUGUGUGUAAAACCUGAAAUACCUUGUUUUGACACUUGCGUGUUGUGCAAGAAUGUUCUGCAAGUUGUUUCUAAGCAGAAGCAAAAGGUACAUUGAACUGCCAUUAUUGUGCCAUAUAGGAAUUGAUGAGCAGUUCCUAUAUUGACAGUUUUAGUGAGAUGUGCUUACGAUUUACAGCCAAAUCUCAGACCUGGUUUGGAAGAAGAUAGACCAAGUGAAUGUGUGCAUUCUUGGUUUUGUCUCCAAAAGAGAGAGCCUCUCAAAUUUGUUAGCAUAAUCAAAGCCUGUGGAAACAUCCGCAAAGCAAAAACACUUGAGCAAUUUUUAGCAUCCUUCCUGUGUGACAUCUCCAAAACUCCCAUAGACAGUUAUAUUCAAAUGUGGUGCAUAUUAAAAGCUUUGCUCCAGAGAGGACUGGGUGUAAGGGGUUCUCUCCUCCCAAUGUCAGAUCCUGGUCCCCGCAGGCUGUGCACAGGGGACAGCCAGCACCUGCCUUCCGUUUCCUGCGAGCAGCUCUGCAGUGCCCAUUGCUGCCCAGUGCAUGGGUCACUGCUGCGGCGCAGGAGCCCAGGGGAGGCUGCCCUCUGCCCCACACAGAGUCCUGGAGCUGUGGGGCAGGAUGGGCUCUGCUGGGGCUGGCAGAAGGGGCAGCUGAGGCACAGCAAGGCUCUGGAGAGGCGCAGGGUUUGGGGGGCUGGGGGAACUCUGGGAGAAGCCACGUUGGGUUGUGUUCUUUGAAUGUGACUGGGAUUCCUGUGCAUCGUCGUUAUUCUGAGAGCAAGGGUCACCUUCAUGCCUGAGGCACUUUGGUCUUUGGGCCAGUUUUCGGACUCUUUUUGUUUCCAUUCCCAGCUGUUUCAGACAAUUCUUAAUGACUAUUUCAAAGGAAGAUUAAAGAGCCUUUUCCUCAGUGGACAGCACUACACUGCAGCUCUGACUUUGACUUGAUUUAUAGAUGUGAGCCUUUGCUAGUUUCAACUCUGCUUGAGGUGUGGAUGGCCUCCCUUUGGCAGCGGUUCAAAGGCAGAAUGGUAGGAUACGAUAUGGUGAGAACUUAAGCAUUAUGGAAAAGCUGCUUAUGUCCUACCAAAGGUGAAUUUUCUACUUGCCUUUUUUUUUUCUUCCUUUUUUUUUUUUUUUUCUUUUUUGUUUUUUGAUGUACUGCACUUUUUGGUAGAUGGUUUCUGCAAUAAGAACACCAACCUGAAACGUGUGCAUGGGAGGAGCCUUCCACUAGUAUCAUUGGGGUUUUUUGCCUGUGAUGCUACUUGCUUGCUUUGUUUUCUGCCUUCUGUCCUCAGCUGUGUCAUUAAAAUCAACUGGUUGGCAUGCUUUAGAUUUGUGAUGUUAGUGCUUGCGAAAACAAAUACUCAUUCUUAACAUUCAGAGAUGCAUGACUGGGUUUUUCUUGACAAAACACAUCAGGUAAAACAGGAAUCUAGUUUUAGAAAAAUAAUGUUCAAUGUAGAUGGGGCAACCAUUUAAUAGCCUGCUGUCAGAACAGGAGUUUUUAUAUGCCUUUUCCAAAUAACCAUAUUAAUAUUUGUAAGAUAAAAUGUAGAUUGAAUAUUGUUGAAUAACUUUUUAGAAAACCACAAUUUUCUGCUGAUUGGCCAAUGUUUCUUAUAUCAAGAUUUUUUUGGGAGCCCUAAUCCUUUCAAAUAAAGCUCACAGAGAUGCAGCAGUGAAAGGUUUGUCCAUUUCAAAGUUACGCCACUGAGGCUUUAAACUUGUUUAAAUAGAUGAAUCAAUCUCAAUGGACCAUGCUUAGCUGGAUUUAAAUCUUCCCUAUAUUCAUGAAGUUUCACUUGAUCAGCAGCCACUAUAAGUUGGUCUAAAAUAGACUUAAGUCCAGGUAAGAAUGUCUCUAUUAGGUUUGUCCAACUUGAACCAGACCAGUUUAAAGCCAUGCUUUUAAGGAAAGUGGUGGAAGUUUGAAUGUUUGGAAGACUUCAGCCACUUCAAAAUUAAGGAGCUGCAGAGUUUGAAUAUGCCGACUGGGUGAAUCAGCUACAAUGCUUAAAGUUAAAGGAAGAGAGUUUUCAGUAUUCGCUGACUUGAGUGAAAGUUGACCUCUAUUGAAGCCAAUGGCAAAACCCCAACGACUGCUUCGUAGGGUCAGUGAACGUGUUUGCAGCAUUAAGCCCUGGAAAGGGCUGUUGCAUUUUGUUUUUUUAAAGAUGAAUGGACUUUUUAUUUUCUUACCUGAAGAGAUAAAUGAAGAACUAUUAAUACAACUUGGCACCUUUAAGGGAAUUUACAUGAAUAUCCUGUUAGCACUUAGUGGCCUCAAAUCUGAGGUGUAUUUCGUAUAUGUAUAUACUUCCACCCAAACUGCUCUGGCUUGUUUGGCUGAAUCUCCAGAACCAGUCUCAGGUGUGGACAAAUCCAUGUCCUUUGGAAAAGUUUUCUUUAUUCUCGGGAAAGCAAUGAGGGAGGAAAUGGCAGUUUAUUUCAUUGUGCACCAGGGGAUAUAAUUUGGCUGUGAAAUCCAUUCUUCACCACCCUGAAACAGCCUGGGCCAAGUUAUUCACGUUUGGGCAGAAGCAUCUAAUUUCAGGAAAGCAUCUAAAAAGCACAAUUUGUUUAAAACAACUGAUUUUGUAAUAAAUUUAUAUAGUUAAAAUGACUUUAUCAUGGUAUGUUUUAGGUAGUUUUUUAUUUUACUUUUUGUAACAGCCUUGUAGAAAAAGUUUUAAACCUUCCACAAAAGACAACUUGACAGAUCUUGUCAAUAUGAUCUUUGUCUGCCAGGUAGGAUUUGAAUGGUGCUAAAAGUCAACAUGAUAAUUUCACAGCAACAGCUUGACAUAACCUUUUUAUUGCUAGUUGAGGGAAAACAUAACGUUGUAUGCCUGAACCUAUGAGGACAGUUGUAGCUGAUUGUAGAUCUGCUCAAAUGUUGAGCAUUUCCAUUGGCAUGCCUACCAUGGAAAGCAAGGAGCUUGGAUUCCCAGAGGAGUAACCCCUGUUGCUGGGUAUCUCAUGCUGUAAUGAUAGAAGGGGGUUGCUGGUGCACACAAUCCCCUGGUUACUGCCUGCUAGCUUGGAGUGAUACUUGCUCCUUUUUCAUAACAGAAACACAGAUUUCCCUUAGAACUGAGUCUUACCUUAAUUCUGGUCAGUGUUGUCUACUGAUAGGCAUUGGAGCCGGGAGGGACCCUAAAGCUCAUCCAGUUCCAACCCCCUGCCAUGGGUAGGGACACCUUCCGCUAGAGCAGGUUGCUCCAAGCCCUGUCCAGCCUGGCCUUGAACACUGCCAGGGAUGGGACAGCCACAAGUGCUCUGUUCACUUCAUGCACAUAGAGACAGGCAUUUGGCUCUAGAAAGAGUUAACUGUAGAAAUGGUGGAGAGAGAGGCCUGUAACAUUAAGCAAGUUUUAGUAAUCAUAGAGGUAUGUAACUCUGUCAUUAGGAAUGAAAAAAACAGAGACCUCUGCGCUUGUGCAGCGAGAUCUGUAUGCAACUGGUGGGGUCAUUUCAGUAGAGCAGUCCCCAGGGCAGCAAACCACCACAUCUCUGAGUGAGACCGGUUGUGAUAAUUCCUUAUAAAAAGUGUGCCAUCAGCCUACAGGUACCUGGCUACCGUACAAUCAUAGAACCAAAAACUGGUUUGGGCAGGCUUCUAAGCUGCAAGUCCGGAAAGCACCACAGCACUUGCCUAACUUGAAGCACAUCCCUUGUUGUGUAGAGGUCCAUCUGUUGGAAGCUGGGCACAUGCUGAAGUGUUCUGCAGAGAAAUUUGGUUUAGUGAAUCCAGCUCUUUGGCAUCAGCAGGGUUUAUUUAAGUGCCCAGCAAAGCGGCACGUGCAGUCUAAGAGUGGGGGCUCUCUCAGGGAGCGACUGAGGCAAAAUGUUCUCCUGGCAGGGGCAGAAUCCUCUGUAGUCAGUAAGCAGAUGACUCUGACCAGAGCCUGUAACGAACAUGCCUUGGGUUCAAAUCCAGAAAGUGACUUCUAGAAGACUUUGUAAAAGUUUUAUGAAGUGUUCACUAGGAGUCAGCUGCUGAGGUUUUCACUCCUGAUGUUAUUUAGGAAAGCAGAUUUUUGCCUUGGAGGGGUCUAUCGCUUGCCUGUAUGCCCCUCCAAGACAGGAGCCCAUGUUAGUAGCUCUCCUUUGCAAACAGGACCUGAUGCUGAGCUUCCUCAAGUUAAAAGCAAGGGGGUUUUAACUGAACUAGAAGGGCUUUGGCUCAAGCCCAAGCCUGGGGCAGUUGCCGAUGGGGUUGUACUCUGCAUGGAGAUGUCCAGCAAGUCAGUGCACAGCACACACCAGCACAGGUACCUGUCUCACCUCCUGCUCUCAGCAGCUCCUGCUGGGCAGGAAGGAGAGCUGGGCAGUUCCUCUGUCUGCCCUGCGCUGGUUAAUUCCUUUGGUGUGUGCUCUUGCAGUCCUGGAGCGUGCAUAGGGCCUGGGUGGGCUCUUUUGAAUUUGAGGCUCCAGUUUGCAAUUGGAGGAGAUGGAAAAAGAAUUUUGCAUUGCAAACCAUGGGCUAAGAUCCCACAGCGGGAGUUCUCUCCCAUGUCCCAGCUUCGUGCAACUGCAUCUGUAGGCGUGCAGAUGGCGAAGUAUGAAGGAUCACAUCUAGGACCUUCUGAUGCUCUCGAGCCAACACUUUAAGUUGAAAGUUAUGUUACAAAAAUAGGCUUUUACAUCCUGACUUUGAGUCCUUGCAGCUUGUGUGUAAAUAGGAUUAAUGACUCUUGGCAGGACUAUGGUAAUGAAAGACAGUUUGCAGGACCUGGUCCUGUAUUAGCAUCCAUGUCACUUUUUAACUUUGUUGAGGACAGCCAUCAUUGAGAAAGGGUUAAUUUUCUAUAGGAUGGCUAAGUAGGAUGUCACACUGUGGCUAUAGAAACCAAAUGCAGUCCCUAGCAGAAGGCAAACCUCCUUUACUGGCUGUUACAGCCUUGUUCUAGUGCUGUCUGCCUGCCUUUAAAUGCCCCAAACCAUUGAAAUAACCAGUCAUCACACAGUGCAUGGGAAGAGUUUUCAUAGGAUGGCUUUUAGAAGACUCUUCAAAGGGAAAUUUGCACGUAUGAGGAUACUUUAUAUCCUAGUGGCCUCAAAAUGAAUAAAGUGGAUACAAUCCAGCUCAGUUCUGGUUAUGCAAAGACACUCAUUAUACAAUAAACAUCAUUGAUCUGAUUAAGUGAUUAUAGAUCUGACCUGGACUUUACACUUUCUGAAGCCAGACUGUUCGAUGCUGGUUUUACAAAGGGACUCUGUCAGUAGUUCAUAUAAGUCAUUGGCAGAUUUUUUUGCCUUAUUUUUUUUAAAUGAAUAUAGAUUUAUAUUCAAGCAACAUAUAUAUAUAUACACACAUACAUACCCAGUAUGUCCACUGUUGUUAAAAUGAAGCCCUGUAGUUACCAGCUGCCAUCUGUGUAGGAAUAAGACCCUAUCGUGGCAACUGCUAAGAGUCUUAACUGUAACAGGACUUAAAAUAGUCUUAGACACAUAUAUUUAUAAAUGCAAAAGAUGGUUACUAGUUUUUAUUUGUUUCCACAUUGUGUUAGCAAGGUAUUCUGAGUAGUGCAUUGCAGUUGCAUAUCUAUAAUAUAGCAAGUCAAAAGCUUAAACAGCUUAUCUUUGUACAUUCAGGACUACUUCUAAUUGUAAUUAUCGUCAUUUGAAAUGCCAGUUGCAUUUUCUGGACACAAAGACAGCUUUGAGAAAAAAACAAAGGCACGUGCAAGACAUUGAGGGGGUCAGGAAAUUCUGCACUGAAGUAUUUAUACGUUUUACUUAUUUAUCAUGCACGAAGAGCUGAGCCCCUGGUUUGAGAAAACACUUCCCCAUGCUGGCCAAAGAUUUAGGAACCUGCUUUCAGUCCCCCAUCUAAAGCUAAUGCCAGGUUUUCCUGAACCGGGGACCAAGCAGACGAAGCCAUUAAAAGCAUCAUACCACCCUUUGAGUGGCCAUAAAAAGUAGCAAGGCCUUCUUGGAUGCUUCUUAUAUUAGUAGAGAAGCUGAGGAAUGCUGAGAGACCCAAAGAUGCUUCUGCAAUGCUCACCGCUUGGUCUGUAAGAGCAGAAAUACAUAAAUAACAAAUACUUGUGGCACUCUAAUGUUUUAAUGUCACUGUCACAAGAUACCAUUUGCAAUAAUUAAGAUUCAUGUUUCAUAAGAUACCAACAAGUAGGUUUGUGGGAUUUUUAGGGUUUUUUAUUUUUUAGUAUCUCCUUUUAGUAAGGAAGUAAUCUUCCUUUGCCUGGUUUUACCCAUCUCCCUUUAACAGUAAAUGGCUCUGGUUAAAUGCGAAGAUCUCUCUUUCAAACAGAUGUCAUGCACUACCAAAUGCUUGGGUGAAGCUGACACUUACUGUCCCAGGUUUAUGACAAGGUGGUUCCCCUUUACAGCAGGCAGGAUCUCCACCUUGAAAUCUUGCAAUAAAAAUCAUGCAACCACUUGCAUAUGUGGUACUUCCCUAUUUCCACUGCAUUGGUUUGUUUUGGGGUAGGUCAGCAGAUCUCCAUUGUAGACUAUAUCACAUCGUUGCUAUCAGUGUGAAUUACAAUAGGGCUUGUUGUUGGGAAAUGCAGGAGCAAUGACGGAGCAAUUUACAGACAUUGAUGGAGUCAUUUUACAGACAUUGUAUUGGGAGGAGGAAACUGCAAGCCUGUAUUUCAUCAGACCUUAAAGACUGGGGGAUUUUUCAGAUUAGAAAAGAAAAAAUUGGAAGGUAAAGGCUGAUUGCAUGAAGUAUUGCAUCAGUCUUUCAUAAAGGUUUCCGUAAUGUUCAAGACUUGCAUAAUGUGAGCUCCCACAUUCUGUCAAGCCCAGAGCUGAGCAGAGCUGUUCAUCCUGUGUUCUCAGUAGCAGUCCUUCUCUUCCAGUAACUCUCACUGGAGAGUCAACACCUCUGCAUGCAGCACACAUUUCUGCAUCUCGGAGCUGUAUCGUGAAAUUGCACAAUGCUUGGGUCAGAUGAGCAAGCACAGAACUUGAACUACAACAGGUUCUUGAAAGAAGCCAAAGCAAAAUGUUUGUGGAUAACUUUGUUCUUAAGGUUUGGGGUUUUUUUUAAUGGAUGACAGAAGCAAAGGACACAAAGUGUGAUUCUGUAGCUAUCCAGCACCUGUGAAGAGCAAGUGCAAACGAGUGAUAUGGCAUCACAGAAAGCUGGUUAUUGUGUAAUUGGGAUACUGCAAGUUUUGCAGGGAUUGCAUUUAUGCGAAGGUUUACCUCAAUGCUAUUUGAUCUUUACAGCUUGCACCCUUCUGAUGAAAGGUAUUUCUUGCUGGUGAGAAAUACUGCAUUCCUUUAUCGGGAAGAGAGAUGCCAAAAACUAUGUCUCCACACCAUUCUUAUCCUAGCUUCACAAGUAUGCAUCUUACUUGUUACAGAAAUGGUUGUGUAAAUUGGUAGUGGCAGUGUGUAUACCUGGGGGAUGAGCUGGUAUGCAGUGACCUUUGCCAUGCAUUGAAGAUUUGCGGACAAGUUUUACUGAAUGUGCCAGAUUGACUUCACUGACUGUUCUUGUUAAGCUGAGAAUCAUUACUAGGCCCUUAAUGCAGGCAGUAUCUGUAAGAAAGGGCUAAAGGAAUGACAGAUUUUGUUUGUCCUCACAUUGAAUGUUUGUUUUCAAGCCUGAAACCAAAGUAGGAAGGUGUUUGGCUUUUGAGGAUUGGUGGGGCAGGGGGGGCAGGCGUUGCUCUCUAAGUCCCGUGCAGUCUGAAAUCCCUUGGUGAGGUUGGGCCAUGGCUCAGUCAGCAGGGAUGUGCAGGAGGGCAGGACUGCGUGGUUCAUCUCGUCACAGACACAGGUGAGUGGCAAGUGGCCCCGUGGGGUGAAGUUCGCUUCUGCCUACGACCCCAGCAAAGCCUGGCAGUGGGAAUCCAUACACUGGUAAACUGCGAUUUCACUAGAGCAAACAGGUCAGCAGACAGACCCAUUACCCCUCAGGUAUGUUGUGCAAGUUUCAGGGGCUCCUCCCCUCCCCUUCCUGUACCUUCUCUUCCUCUGGCUCAUCCAGUAUUUUUUGGACCAGGCUUUCAUUAGCUGCCAUUUAUUCACUAAAACCGUGGCUGGAUUCUCAGUAGUGGUGGGCUGCUUCUCACCACCAAAGGGCAGUGGGUGCUGCUGGGUGCAGGCUCUCUUGAGAAACUUCCCUUUGCUUUCUUUUCCUUGCAAGGGCUUUGCCCACCAGUGCCCCUGUGAUCGAGGUGAGUUUGCAACCCCUACCAUGGCUUGUGCUAAAACAGACCGUGAGGAAACCACACAGAUUUCUUUGCAUUGUGUGCGUGGUGGGUUUUCUACUUUAUGGCACAGUCACAGCAUCAAAGCUGCAGGAAGCACAGCAAUAAAAGUGACUGGUACAAGCACCUUUUAUUUGAUUUGGGAUCAAACGAUGCUGUCUGGGUUCCUUUUCACUGAGUGGGACAAUUCUGUGAUGCUUCUAACCAUAAGGAAGAAAACGUAGGUGGUACUGAGGGCAAAUGCACAUGUAAUGUUCAUUUACAGCCAGACAGAAAACAAAAUAACCAGUGGUUUCUAGUAAUGCAAUUCUACUCAAAAUCACUUUUAAAGUCAGCUUAGAAGUGUUAAAAUGGUGGAGCCACAGACAAAACAUUUGUUACCUUUUGAAAUGAGUUACAAUGGUUUUGUCAUACUUGUACAAGUAUUAUAAGGUCAGUCUUUAUGUUUGUUUUACAACUUGUUGUAGAAUAGUCUUCUAUGCAUAGCUGUUCCACUUGCCUGUGUAAGUUACAAAUUUAACAGAAACGAAAGCAUGCGUUUUUCUCUGUUUGCUGGUAACCUAUGAAAUUAGAAACUUGUAUUUCUGUGUUUUUAAUGUGUUACACUAUAAACAAAAUUCACAG